CCAUCGAUUGGGAUGUCGAACACAUUUUUUUUUCUAUUCAAUCAUCUGUUUAUGUUUGAGAUUUCAUCAUGAUUUACAAUAACGUACAAACUAACUGCAAACGAUCAUUCAAACGAAUCAAACGAUUGAAAAUACAAAAAGGAAAACCAAAAAAAAAAAAAUGUGUUUUUGCUCUCCUACACAAUGGAUUGUGAGAUGAAAAUAUACAACUAAAAAUAGUAAAUAUACAAACUUCUCCUGAACAAAUAACAGAUAAAGUUCGUAAAUAAAUGUAUUUAUUAUUGUCGGAAUUUCAAAAAGUUUCAAUGAACGAUGAACAAAAAGAAAAUUGAGCACUCUCAAUCGGUGGUUGGGCAAUUCAAAAACGACAGACAACUAAACCAUCUGAAAAAAAAAUGAAAAUAUUAAGCAGUCAAAUCACGAUUGGCUCAAAUAUCUCGAACUAAAUUCGAAUUUUCAUGCAUAUGCGUGCGUUUGAAUUUUCACUCGAGCGCGCGUCUUAAUCAACAAACAGGUUAGUUUGCGUGUGAAUUUAGGAUUCGACGUGCGCGCCACACAUAUCAAAAUUUUACUUAAAGCAACUGCCGCUUCUUUUACUACGAUUUUGUGCCCAUAUCCACACUCACCGAUUAUUUUGUAUAAAAAGCAUAUUUGUUCGGUCUCGGCACAAUGCGGAUAAGAUCGUGAUCUCGUUUGCUUUAAUAUACACGUUGAGCAUUUCUUUGGCUUUUUUUUCUGCAGUCGUCUGUUGUUGUUUGAAAUUGUCUUCUUAUUAUUCUCUGUUUUUUUGUGUCCCGUAAUUUUCAGUUGUUUAUUUGAGCUUUUUCCAACUUAAAAAAAAAAACACACAGAAAAAACGAAUGAAUAUACGACGGUGUUGAGUUCAAAGAAAAAUUGUUGUGCAUUUUUCGCGGUUCUGAUACGAUCCGAUGUCAUCUAAUGACAUUAAAUUAACAAAUUAAUUUGCCGUGUGAUUGUGAAUUGUGUCAACCAAUUUGUGAUUCAGAAACAAUAUUUAUAAGAGUCCAAAUGAAAAAGAAAAAACAUAUUGUGAAAUAAUCGUAUUUUAUAAUGUAGUGCAGCAUUUUCUUUCCAUCCAUUAACUUUAUAAGCGAUAAACUUUUGAAAAACUUUAAACGAACAUUAUUCGGUGAAGAAAUAAAAUUUUACGCAAUUUUUGUCAUUGACACAACCGACAUUUUAUUGUGAACAUUUUUUUUCAACGAAAUAAACGGCCAAAAAAGAAAAGCAUCGCAUUUUCUAGGUUCAAUGUCAAAACAAUAAAGCACGAGGUGUCGACAUAGUCGCGCUUCUUUCAUAUACAAAGGGAUAUCAUUAUACGUUGAGAUUUUUUUACGUGGCCUUUACUGGUUUCUUUUGUAAAAAAAAAUAGAAAAAAAAUUCUGGCCGCUAUCGCAAUAACAAAAAAACAAUAAAUAAUACGGGAUAGCGUGAGCAGAGCACAAACGUGAAGAAUGACGACCAGAGGCAUACGACGGAAAAAGUCUUCGUUAUCAGAAGUCAGAAUCGCUGUAAUUGGGGCUAAUCAAGUUGGAAAAAGCGCGCUCUCUGUUCGGUUUCUAACCAAACGAUAUAUAGGCGAAUAUGAUCACCAGACGGAAAAUCGAUAUAAACACGAGGCCAUGGUAGACGGUGAGCCGGUACUUUUUGAAAUUCUGGAUACGUGCCCAAAGAUGGAGGGUAAUGAAAUAACAAAUACAGCGCUCGACGCAAUUCAAUGGGCUGAUGGUAUUCUGUUGGUGUAUUCAAUAACGGAUAGACAGUCUUUUAACUACAUUAAAAGAGCAAAAAUUGAGAUUCAGUCUGACAUUCCAGUAUCAUUGGUUGGGAAUAAAGUCGAUAUGAUCCACCUGCGACAGGUUAGUGCGGACGAAGGUGACAUCUUGGCAAAAGAUUUUGAUUGUAAAUUUAGUGAACUUUCGGCCGCUGAAAAUGUGGUUCAAGUGGCAGAUGUUUUUCAUGAAUUGUGCAAAGACGUCUUGAAUGCCAGACGAAAAUCGAAACAAAGUCUUUUGGAUCGAAUGCUAGGUGGAACACGUGUUUAUGCCCGCGGAAAAAGCGACAGUGCAUUGCCAAAAGAUUGAACAAAACACAUCUGGACCAAAGUAUCAAAUGAGAGGCUUUAACAACCAAAUAUGCUACGUACGGACGCAUACAAAUACAAACCGAUAUUGAUUACUAGGAGACGAUUGUAUUUUAGUUAUAUUUAUCUCUGAUUUCAUUACAAAUAGAUGUUAUGUUUAUGAACGGUCGUUCAAAAGUUUAAGCUCACUGCUCUGGUUUUCAUACAAUCUGGAGUUUUUCCAAAGUAUUCGAAUAUACUCUGCACAAUUAUUUGAUCAAUUGAAUUUUGGUCUGUUGUUUCUAUGCCAUUUGCAUGUAAUUUUAAAAAUAGAAAAUCAUACAGUGGGCUCAUAAUUUUGAAUGUCUUUCAACCAAACAUCGAUAAAGAAAAAAAAAAAAAGAAUAAAGUU